AUGGAAGCAAACGGUGCAUUACCGCAUACGUUGCCAUUUGCAUUUGAGUCGUCUUCUGAAAAUGAUAACGAAAAUGAGAUUGAAAAUGAAUCUCUGUCACAGCUGAUCAUCCAAAAAAUCGACCUCUGUUAUGAAGUCAAUGGUGUCAAUCAUCAAACGGAAAAGUUUGAGGUUAUGCACACAUCGACGAAUAAAACGGGACCUACCCGGUUGGUCAUCCGCCGGGGUCAGGAGUUUCUUCUAAAACUCAUCUGCAACCGACCAAUCAAUCCGAAAAUGGAUACAAUUUCUCUGGUGCUGGCAGUUGAUCCAAUCGCGAACGAAUGGAUCAGCUAUGGACACGGAUCGGUUGUGUACUUGUUACUGCAAACCGAUGAUAACCCCGAAGAGGAACAUGAUUCCGAUUGGAGCGCCAAACUGCAAUCGACCACUGUAAACGAGGACGGCGAUACUGAGCUACUCGUUGCAAUAAGCACAUCUCCAAACGCCUCUGUUUCCAAAUGGACCAUGACGAUCAACAUCAAAUCGAAAAGAUCGGAGCUGAUCAGCAGUCAUCCGGUAUUGAAACCUUUCUAUUUGCUUUUCAAUCCCUGGUGCGUUGAGGAUCCCGUUUAUCUGGAUAAUGAGGACCAACGAAAAGAAUAUGUACUGGAAGACAUGACAACUAUAUGGAGAGGACACAAGCGAAGUUUUUAUUUACGUAAAUGGAAACUUGGUCAAUACGAAGCGAACAUCCUUGAUGUGACCUUAUCGAUCUUAGGCAAAAUGGCGCGUGUUUCUGCUACGUAUCGUGGAAAUCCUAUUAAAGUAUGUCGCGCACUAGCAGGAAUAGUCAAUAGCCAAGAUGAUGCUGGUAUACUUCUUGGUAACUGGUCUACUAAUUCUAGAGGCGGUACAGCCCCUUCUGCAUGGACCGGUUCAGUGAAAAUCCUUAAACAGUAUAGCGAAACGGAAAGACCGGUUGGCUAUGGACAGUGUUGGGUUUAUGCCGGUGUACUGGCGACGCUGUGUCGCGCCUUGGGAAUACCGUGCCGUAUCGUUACCAACUUUUCGUCCGCACAAGAUUCCGCUGCAUCGCUUACAGUGGACACGUAUUUCAACGAAGAAGGCAACAUCCUGGAGAACUUUUCGCGUGAUCAAGUCUGGAACUUCCACGUAUGGAACGAGGUGUGGAUGAAACGACCGGAUAUCGGCAAAGAACAGUUCGAUGGAUGGCAGGUAAUUGACGGUACACCCUUAGAGUUAUCGGACGGUGCUUACAAACUUGGACCCGCACCGGUGCUGGCCGUUAAGAAUGGUCUGGUGAACAUUCUAUACGAUUGUAGCUUGGUGUUUUCUGCAGUGAACGCCGAUCAAGUUUAUUGGCGCUACCGUGGAUCAAGCAAACCGUUGAAGUUAAUUCGAAAGGAUACGACUGCGAUCGGAAAGUACAUCAUUACGAAAGCAGUCGGAGUAGACGAGAGAGAAGACAUCGUCAAUAACUACAAGUGUAACGAAGAAUCGUUAAAAGCAAAGACUGUAAUGGUGCGUGCCCUUAAACUUGGUCAAAAUUGUCUAACCAAGCAUUAUCUCAAGCAGCUCGACAGUGAAGAUCGUACAGUGGAAGGAUGUGAUGUUAAAUUUGAGCUCGAGCUGAAUCAUGAAACCCUUAUCGGACAAUCUUUCAACAUUGUGCUGCGUAUAAGAAACGUUUCCUUGGAUAAACCAUACACGGUCAAGGGUAGAAUUCUCCUCAACCACAUACUGUACACCGGUAAGAGCAUCAGAAUUAUUAAAAGCAAUACAUUUUGCAUUCGCAUCAAACCAAACGGAGAGCAAACAAACUUGGUGCCGAUUACAUUUGACGAUUACUACAAGCCGGGCAUGGAUGAAGCCAUCUUUAAAGUGAUCAGUACGGCGACUAUCGAGGGUUUGGAUUAUAAUUAUUUCUCGCAGGACGAUUACCGGCUUUGCAAGCCGAUUGUGCAACUGCAGCUCAGAGGCACUCCUGUGAUUAAUUCUUCAGUACCAGUAUUAGCUAAGUUUGACAAUCCACUCCCAGUGGCCAUUAAAGGAGGUUUCUUCCAUAUUGAGUGCUCUGGUAUAGGCGGAACCUUUACCAAAGAGGUUGCUCCAAUCGGUGCAAGGAUGCCAUACGAAGAUUCCUUCCUGAUAGUGCCGUCAUUCGCAGGGCACAAUCAGUUGUCGAUCAAAUUCGUAUCAAACGAGUUGAACGAUGUAGAGGGGUUGCUUAGUUUUGUGGUAGAGGAUCGCAAGGAGGAUGUUAAACCAGUUGUAUGCCGGUUUGAACCUCGGAGUUCAUAA